AUGGAUGUUGAGGAGGAGCGUGGCUGUACUUCUUCUGCUUCUGAUUUGUGUGGCCCGUUCGCUGAGCUGAGAAGUGAACAGAUUGCUUCUCCCAGAUUGCCUGCGCCAUCCUUGAGCAGGUCGUCCUACAUACCUGUUGUUGCAUCAUCAAACCCCACAAUACAGAGACGACAGUGGAUGUGGUGGGAUGCAAGUAAGAAGAACACGACAGACGGGAGUAAAAGUAGGUUUGCUGGUGUUUCUGAUGCAGUUGUAGACGUUAGCAGCUCGCCUCCUAUCAUCGUCUCAUCUUCUUCUGCAUCGUCGUCAGCCGCUCAUCGCCACUUCAUCUCUUCAUCAUCUCUCUAUCAGGUACACAAGCGGAUUCCGAACAUCGCAACGAUGCAAUCGGAGUUCGACACGCCUGAUUGCAGCGAGGAUGAUGUUGAUAGAAAGUCUGUAAGACUACGACAGACUGAGUUUCGCGACACAACUGAUGAUACAGCGAUGAACGAAAACAACUUUCACAAGAGUAGCCUGCUGAACCUGCAGCAUUUUGAUGAUGACAGUGAGGAUGAAAAUGCUUCUGUACAAUUGUGCGAUGAUGACACAGUCGAGGAGUACAGUGAUGAAAGCAGCGGCCGCACGGUCGAGGAUGACCGAUGCUCUUGGGUAGAACAAAGAUGAACAGCUGCUACACGACCUUUUUCCACGGCGCUUGAGUUGUUGCAACGUGCGUAUGUAUGCUUCGGUUUUGAUGUUGAUCUGGUAACCACAUGCGUGCGCGCGCGCGCAGAGCGCGCGCCGGCCCACGAAUUUGCA